AUGGCGUCAGCACCUAACGGUCGCUCCAGCCGGACAGGCAGCACUAAGACGGUCAUCAUUCUCAAGCUGUCACCUGAACUCUUGAGUCGAUUUCCCAGUGAUUCUUCGAAGAGCACACCUACCCAGGCCACCGACUCGAACAUGAACACCAUGAAUGCUUCCUCUCCGGUCAAGGAGAAAGAGGGCUCCCCUGCCUCGUCCAUGGCGGAUGCGCCCGUUCCCCCGUCAGACAACGCUUCGGAAGCGAACUCGACGCCUGCAGGCGCAGGGUCCACGGAGACUCCUCGCCGGAAGGGAUUGCCAGGCCCAAAGCCGGGAGCCAAGCGAGGAGCCAACCAGAUUGACUCGGCACCCAAGCCUAGAGGGAAGCCCGGCCCGAAAAAGAAGCAAAAACUUGACGAUGGAACUGUGGAACAACCCAAAAUGAACACCGGUCACCGACUCGGACCCAAAGCCAACGCUGGUGCCAUUAACGCCGGUCUCCGUGCCCUAGAUCGCACCGGUGCCCCUUGUCGCCGGUGGGAGCGCAAGCCCUUGCAAUUGAAGAGCUUUACCGGGAUCCUCUGGCAGCUACCUAGCUGGCGAGCACCUAAGCCUCCAAAGGUCGAAGAGAACGGUGACUCCAGAGCUGCUGUUCUUGACGCGGCUGAAACCGAUAGUAAGGUCAACAACAGUGCCAGCAACGUCCCUAGCGAAAAGAGCAACUCGGGGGAUGGCGGUCUUACCCCCGUUCCUCCACCAAUGGUCGGAGCAUCGUCUCCAGCCAUUCCUAUGGCUACCUAG